AUGGAAGCGCAAGUGGAUUUUCGUCAAGACGGACAACGACAACGACCAAUGAUACCAGAACGAGGCUGGACUGGAUUCGACAAGUUAUCAUGGGGUUGUUGUCCUCAUCAAGGUGGAGAUAGAGUCAUCGAGCUGACGGAAAGACACUUUUUAGAUGCUCACAAUGGAUACUGGGAUCUCUAUCUCAAGCGACGAGUGGUCGACGAAAACGAUGGUCGUCGCAUAAACCAGUUUCUGCUUCUGCCCUGCAAUCAGACAAAGAUCAAUGUCGAGAAUGGAAUUCAACGCGAAGGAUGGGAGUACCAGGCCAGCCUCCAAGCGAGCAUAUUGAGACUAGACCUCGAACCUCACUUGUUACCGUUCAUCAGGGAAGUCAGCACGUUCGGAUACUACCUUGCUUCCCAUGUACAUGUGUCGAUACUCAUGGAUAUUGCGACUGAUCCAGACCCUCCUCACCAGCAUCGUUAUCGACCAAAAUACAACUCGUCUCCAAGGAAUCAUGGACCCAAUAGCGUCCCUUCUGCUUCUUCGGGAGUCUUGGUAGAAAGGAGAAACGAUGGCAACCAGUCUCGGAAUGCUCGUCGUGAUGAAGGCACGAAAAUGGGAACGAAGAUGUUAUCUCGAGAACACUACCAGUACAUUCCGACUACCGUUACCAGCACAAGCAGGCAACCAUUCCAGACAAGACAACCAUUCCAGCCUGAGUCAACAAUCAAGAAACACACAAAUCAAUUCUAA